UCUCUGAUGAGGUGAUGGCAAGCCAACAGUUCAUCUGGUCGUUGCUGCUAUAUGCACUUGUGGUGUUUGUUGAUGCCGAAGCGUCAAUCACCACAAACGAUUCCAGUAUUUUUCUAGCAGAGAGGCGUCUCCGCCAUGUACUCUUCCGUAGCGAUGAAUACGACGCUCAUGAGCGGCCUGUUCUGCUGUCCCACCAGCCCGUUGACGUUAACGUGUCCCUGGCAAUGUAUGCUUUGAUAUCACUGGACGAGAAAGAACAAAUAAUGACAGGUGCAUCUUGGUUUAUCAUGCAAUGGCACGAUUAUCGAAUCCGUUGGGAUCCGCAAAAAUACGGCAAUUUGCGUUACCUGUCGCUUGCAAUGGAUGAAAUAUGGACGCCAAAGCUUCUCUUGACUAACACGGCGAGCGAAAAGGUAGAAAAUCCUGUCCAGGAAAGCAUAUUCAGAGCCUUGUUAUCAUGGGACGGCCAUGUCACCCUGGAAGGUCCCAUCAUCCACAUAACGUCUUGCAGGAUGCAGCUGUCGGAGUUUCCCUUCGAUCGGCAGAAUUGCUCUCUGGUGUUUUCCACCCAGAACAUGCCGAUGCCAAUAGUCAACUUGAGGCUUGGGCCGGAAGUACGCAUCGACGCUACCGAGACCACCUCCCAGUGGCGUACACUCACCUUGAGAGGAGAGGCUCAUUCGCAAACAUUCAAAUAUCUGACCUACCCGAAGGUGCUUUUCUCUCUGGAAGUAGAGCGGUUGCCCUACCAUUACCUGCUGAACAUUGCCCUGCCGUCGGCCGUCAUCACCCUCAUCUCGCUUGGGGUGUUUUGGCUGACGCCUGAGAGCGGCGAAAAGAUCUCUAUGGCUGUGUCACUGUUACUCGGCCAGGCCGUCUUCUGGCUAGUUGUGGCCGACUCUCUGCCGGCCACUGGGUGCCAAGACACCCCUCUCCUCCUGGUAUGCAUCGAGUGCAAUUUCGUUGUGAGCGGCCUGGCGAUCCUUCUCAGCGUGGUCACCUUGGGCGUGCACCACCGACCCGGCCCUCUUCGGAGUCGAUUCCUUCGGGGCCUUCUCCUCUGUACUCUGCCGCAGCUUGUCUGCCUGCGAUGCAAGAGGAGACGCAAGGUUGGCGACCUGCACGGUGAGACAGCCGAACAGGUCAAGGAUGCUGUGGAGACGGUCAAGACUGUGAAUAUGUUCGCCAAGGAAGGUGAAAAGCCGAUCGAAGAUUUCAAACUUAGCUCCGACGCCCUUGAAUCUCAAAACGGUAUGGACGACAUGAAGUUGGUGGCAGCUGUACUGGAUCGUAUCUUCUUUGUUAUCGCAGCAAUAGUGUUUAUCUGCGGCAAUGCCCCAUUAUUUUGCAAAUGGAUACAGGUGGAAACGGCCCUUGAUUUUUGAAUACGGUAAGAACCUACUGUUGCUUGGGGACCCAAACCUCCUUCUCGGCUACACAUCGGUGUUGACGAGAUGGGCUGAGACAGUUUGUGUUCAUAGCAAUUUAAACUUCAUUUCUGCAAAGUUUGCAUUUGGUCUGAAUUCGACAUCACUUAUUGUUCGCUGUUUCAACCCCACCUUGCUAAGUUGACACAUCUUGUCAAUUCAAUACACCAGGUUUUGUAGUGUACAAAGUAUUUAUUACAAAUGAAAAAUUGAUCAUAAUUUUCUUCCAUUCCCUUCCCCCCUAACCAGCAAAACAAUGUUUAUA